AUGGAACGAAAUUUUUCAUUAAUCCUAGAAAAGAUUAAUGUCAGUUUCUUUAUCUCCAAGGCUAUCUAUCUCAAUCUAUUCAUAUCUAUCUCAGUCUGUCAAUAUCUAUCUAUCUAUCUAUCUAUCUAUCUAUCUAUCUAUCUAUCUAUCUAUCUAUCUAUCUAUCUAUCUAUCUCAAGCUUCCGUUCAUGUCUAUUUCCUAAUUUCUCUUGCUCUCUCUCUCUCUCCCUACACCCACCCAUAUACAUACUUAAUCGUCGCUAUCUACAGAAGACGGCACGCCCAUGCGCAUGCGCACACAAAUGUAUAGAUAUAGACCAACCUGUUUGUAUCCAGAAAAGAAGGUGCCUUUUAAUUAGUGACUCACAAGAGGCAACUCCUAAAUGCUGUUCCAACAUUUUGCCUUUUUUUCCCCUUUCUUUUUUUUGCGGCCAUGUUGGUUGUUGUUUUUAUUUCGCUUUAUUUUUGUUCCUAAAAUCGCUUGCUUUUUUCCUCUUUGCUUCUUCCUUCCUUCUUUCUUUCUUUCUUUCUUUCUUUCUUUCUUUCUUUCUUUCUUUCUUUCUUUCUUUCUUUCUUUCUUUCUUUCUUUCCCGACUCCCGCGUCUCCUCCCACCCAGAUAUCAGUAUCUAUCUAUCUAUCUAUCUAUCUAUCUAUGA